AUGGCACUGGAGAGUGACUGGAUUGUGGACUGCACGUUCAGCUACCUGGAAGUUCAGGCCAUGGAAUUACAGGAGACACCCCCUCAGGUCACCUUUGAGCUGGAGUCCCUGCCAGAGCUGACCCUCGAGUUCCCUGGGGUGGCCUCCUUAGAACAGCUGGCCAGGCACAUCACCAUGGCUAUCAAGAAGGUCUUCCCUCACUCUGCCCUUGGGAAGCUAUUCCGGAGGCCCACCCCACCUUCGAUGCUGGCUAAGCUGGAGAAAAGCAGUCCCUUGGAGUCCACCACACUGGGCAGCUCCUGUGGUGGCUUUUUGGAGACCUAUGAGGCUCUGUGUGACUACAACGGCUUCCCCUUCCGAGAGGAGAUUAAGUGGGACGUGGACACUAUCUACCACCGUCAGGGCUGUCGCCAUUUCAAACUAGGGGACUUCAGCCACCUCUGCAGUCGGGACCUGGCCUUGUGCGUGGCUGCCCUGUCUUACAACCUGUGGUUCCGCUGCCUCUCCUGUGUGGACAUGAAGCUGAGCCUUGAGGUCUUGGAGCAGAUUCUGCACGUGAUGAGUCAGUCAUCCCACCUGGAGGAGCUGGUCCUGGAAAGCUGUGGCUUGAGAGGAGGGAGGGUGAGACCCACCUUGCUGCCCCAUCCCCUAGGGAUGACUGCCCUCAGUAGACACCUGGAGCAGCGUUCCAGAGCCCUGAGGAAACUCAACCUUGCCCAGACGGGGUUGACGCCUCGAGGGAUGAGGGCCCUUGGCCAGGCUCUGGCCAACAAUGUGGUCUUCGAUUUCACACUGACCCACCUGGACCUUUCUGCCAACCCUGGGGCGCUGGGGCCCUCAGAAGACAAUGGGGGCUUCUAUAGUUUCCUGAGUCGCCCCAACGUUCUGACCUUCCUGAACCUCUCGGGCACCGACGCUGCCCUGGACAUUCUCUUUGCAGCGCUGUCCCGCGGCUGCUGCGUCAGCCUUACGCACCUUGAUGCUUCGAGAACCGUCUUCUCCCGCACGAAGGCCCGGUCCGCGCCGGCGGCGCUGCAGCUCUUCCUCAGCCGCGCGGGGGCGCUGCGGCACCUGGGCCUGGCAGGCUGCAAGCUGCCGCCCGACGCCGUCAGGGCUCUGUUGGAAGGCCUGGCGCUCAACACGCACCUAGGCGACCUACACCUGGACCUCAGCGCUUGUGAGCUGCGCUCUGCUGGCGCGCAGGUGAUACAAGACUUGGUGUGUGACGCUGGCGCCGUGAGCUCCCUGGAUCUGGGGGAUAACGGCUUCGGCUCUGACAUGGUGACCCUGGUGCUGGCCAUCGGGAGGAGCCGGUCCCUGCGACAUGUGGCGCUCGGGAGGAACUUCAACGUCCGGUGCAAGGAGACCCUGGACGACGUCUUGCACCGGAUUGUCCAGCUCAUGCAGGAUGACGACUGUCCCCUGCAGUCUCUGUCUGUAGCGGAGUCGCGGCUGAAGCUGGGCGCCAGCGUCCUACUCCGCGCCCUGGGCACCAACCCUAACCUGGAGGCGCUGGAUAUCAGCGGCAAUGCCAUGGGGGACAUCGGCGCCAAGAUGCUAGCCAAGGCGCUACGGGUCAACACCAGGCUCCGGUCUGUGGUCUGGGACCGGAACCAAACGUCAGCGCUGGGCCUGCUGGACGUGGCACAGGCCCUGGAACAGAACCACAGCCUGAAGGCCAUGCCGCUGCCACUGCUUGACGUGGCCCAGGCGCAGCGCAGCCGGCCGGAGCUGACGGCACGUGCCGUGCACCAGAUCCAAGCCAUCCUCUGGAGGAACAACCGCGCCGGCCCCUCCGCUUCUGACGGCGCCGCGCUUCUGCAGCCGCUGGCUCCGCUCUCAACCCCCUUGGAGCAGGAAGUGAAGGGCCUGUGUCAGUGGCUACAGGAGCAUGUGGAGCUGCUGGGCUGCGAGGCUGGGCCCCGGGGUGAAGCUGCUGUGUGCCAGGCUGAGGAUGCCAUCCAAAACGCCAACUUCUCUCUCAGCGUCCUCCCCAUUCUGUACGAGGCUGGGAACUCCUCCGGUCAUUGCUGGCAGCUGCGGCAGAAGCUGGAGGCCCUGUUGGGACAGGUGGGUGAAGUCUGCCACCAGGACAUCCAGGACUUCACCCAGGCCACAUUGAGGAGCCUCUGCCCAGGAAUGUCACAGGGCCCUGGCCGGAGAGAGCAACCAGAGGGGGUCCUGGCAGGCUCCUGGCGCCUUCCAGAGCUGCUCUCAGAGCAGCUCCUGCAAGAUGCCUUCAGUAGACCCAGAGACAUGCUGCUGUCACUCACAGGGACGGUGGCAGACAGCAUUGUAGCUCAAGCUCUGGCGGGUCUCAGUGCUGCCCGAGAUCGGCUGGUGGAGAGUCUAGCUCAGCAGGCCACUGUGGUGAUGCCCCCUGCCUUCUCGGCAUUGGCUGGUGGUGAGCCCAGCCCCCUAGGACCUGGGGAACUAGAAGGCGCUUUCUUCCCUGAGGAGGAAGAGGAGGAGAAGGAAAUGGAGAUGAAGGAGGAGGAAGAGGAGGAGUGGGUUGACAGCCCUUCAUGGACAUGGCCCGAGACCAGCCUUUGUCCUCGCCUGGGCCCCUCCUCUCACAGUAAGUCCAGGCCUGGAGGGAAUGGGGAGGUUACCUGGGUACCCCCAGCCCUGCCGCAGGAAGGGAAUGGGCUCAGUGCCCGCGUGGAUGAGGGCGUGGAAGAGUUCUUUUCCAAAAGGCUGGUCCAUCAGGAUCGCCUCUGGACCCCCGAGGAAGAGCCAGCCGUGGAGGGAGGCCCCACCCCUGUCCCCCGCACACUGCGCAAGAAGCUGGGUACUCUCUUUGCCUUCAAGAAGCCUCGCUCAGCGCGAGGGCCACGGGCUGACCUAGAGACCAGUCCUGGGGCAGCUCCUCGCAGCCGGAAGGCCACCCUUGGGGACCUGUUGCGGCCACCAGCUCGCCCAGGCUGUGGUGAGGAGCCUGGUGGGGCCGAGGGGCUCACCAGCAGCCCUGACCCUGCACGCAGGAGCCGGCCCCGCUACACUCGGGACAGCAAGGCUUAUUCCAUGAUACUGCUGCCUGCCCAGGAGGAGGAGGCUGCGCUGGGUGUCAGACCUGACAAGCGGCGGCCCCUGGAGCGGGGAGAGACAGAGCUGGCCCCAUCCUUCGAGCAGCGUGUGCAAGUGAUGUUGCAGAGGAUUGGUGUGAGCCGGGGCAGCGGGGCUGCUGAGGGCAAGAGGAAGCAAAGCAAAGACGGGGAGAUCAAGAAGGCUGGCUCAGAUGGUGACAUUAUGGACAGUUCCACGGAGACCCCACCCAUCUCCAUCAAGUCUCGAACCCACUCAGUAUCUGCCGAUCCCUCAUGCAGACCUAGCCAAGGGGGCCAGGGGCCUGAGCCUGCCACCUGGAAGACUCUGGGGCAGCAGCUGAAUGCAGAGCUGAGGGGUCGGGGUUGGGGCCAACAAGAUGGCCCAGGACCCCCCUCCCCGUGUCCCAGUCCAAGCCCCCGAAGAGCCAGCCCCUGCCCGGACAGCCUGGGCCUCCCAGAGGACUCCUGCUUGGGCCCCAGGAGUGAAGAGCGGCCCCUGCGGCUGCAGCGUUCCCCUGUCCUCAAGCGCAGGCCAAGGCUCGAGGCACCCCCAUCGCCAAGUCUAGGACCUGUCCCUGGAGCUGAGCCUCUACCCCCACAGCCCACAGAGCCCUCCAGCCCGGGGUCGAGCCUGCCCUCUUCAGCCACAGACCAAAGAGGCAGCGGGCCCAAGCCCUGACCCCCUCCCCUCCUGGCGCAUGAGAUUAUUUUAUUAAAAAACCCAAUGGAA